UUGCAUUAGAAAUUUCACUCAAUAGUUACACUUCCUAACAAAAUUCAGAGAUUAAAAUUUUAAGCGUAUUUUAAUAGCCAUGAAAGUACCGAAAAUUCCCGAGUGGGUUUCCGCUCUGUCCUUGAAUCAGGCAGUCCAUUCCGUCCUGGAGGAUGGGGACCAGAUCAUGACCGUCAUCCCAGGCGUCCAUCUUAUCCAGUUCCGUAACUGCACUGUGCUGCUGCCAAUCCGGGUGAAGGUCCAGUUGCGGGACUCCACAGUGAAGAAUUUGUUCUUUGUACUGAAGGCUCAACAUGGCAGCGACCUUCAGGCCAUGGUGAUGAACCAGCUGAAGAUGUUCCAAAGGGAGCACCAGGUUUACCACAAUGUCCUGCCCAAGUUCGAGGAACUCUACAGGGAGGUGGGCAAGGAGGUGUCCUUUGGUCCGCGAGCUUUUAAGCUGGACUACAACAUCGGUGUUCAGUACGUCCUGCUGGAGGAUCUCAAGUCCAAACACUACAAAAACGUUGUACGGCAGGAUGGCUUCAACAAGUUGUGUCUGAAGCAGGUGCUCAAGAAACUGGCCCAGUUCCAUGCCGCCUCCGCCGUGUGUGUGGAAAGGCACGGCGCUUUUAGCAAACUACUGACCAACGGAGUCUACACAAAGGCCAACCAAUCUAUCCUGCAGGAUCUGAACGAUCCGGACACCUUCCUUUCUCAGCUGCGUCGCUGGCGUUUGGGCGAUCAUUUCCACAAACGGUUGGUGGAAAAGGAGAAGGACCUCGUUGAUGGGCUGUUAUUGCUCCAUUCCACCGACUCCAAUGAAUUCAACGUCCUGAAUCACUGCGACUGCUGGGUGAACAACGUGAUGUUCAAGUUUGACCAGGCCGGUCAUGUGGAGGACACCGCGCUGCUCGAUUUCCAGUUGGCUAAAUAUGGAUCUCCUGCCCUUGAUCUGUACUACACCAUCUUGUCGUCCGCUGAGAAGGACAUUAAACUAGCCCAGUUUGACAAUAUGGUUCAGUACUACUUCUACCAUUUGCUGGAAAACCUUAGAGCUCUAAAUUUCCGAGGCAGCCUACCGCAACUGGAGCAUAUUCGCGAUGCGCUCAACAAAAACGGACUGGCUGCCUAUGUGGUGGUCACUCGAGCUCUGCCCAUAACUAUGAUGAAUCAGUUCGAGGACGAGGUGAACGAACGAUAUGCCUCCAAAAUGAAGUGUGCCAUGUUCACCAGCCGGAAAUACAUCCAGGCGAUGAAGGAUAUCCUGCCCUGGAUGGAGGAGCGCUCUUUGCUUAAUUAGGGAUGAAUCAAAGUUCCCGUGUUGGAAUCGACCCAAUUUAAUGAAUGAAAGAGGUAUUCACAGGCUGUCAAUUGAUUCAGGUACAAUGCUCAAUAAACUUGAUUAGCCGCCUUAUCAAU